GCCAACAUGGCGUCGCCCAGGUCCUAAUCUGGGAAACGUGCACCCAGGCUACUUCGGUCCUGUGCGCCGGGUGCGACGGCUUGGCAAGGAGAGGCCCCCGCGGAUGCCCCGUGCGAGGAUCGUUCUGUGGCUGAGUCUGACUCUCCGCUCCGCCCGCAGUCUCUGCAGAGCCCGGUAUAUGGAGGGGUACCCGCAAGGGCCGCCGCACCCGGCCGAAAUGGAGAACGGCUCCGAGCCGUGCGGAGAAGAGCGCGCACCCGAGGCCCAGGAGACAGUAGUCACCGAGGGGGCCGCCAAGAUAGCCUUCCCCAGCGCCAACGAAGUCUUCUACAACCCAGUGCAAGAGUUCAACAGGGACCUGACAUGUGCCGUGAUCACCGAGUUUGCUCGCAUUCAGCUUGGGGCCAAAGGAAUCCAGAUCAAGGUGCCAGGUGAGAAGGACGUGCAAAAGGUGGUUGUGGACUUGUCAGAGCAAGAGGAGGAAAAGGCUGAACUGAAAGACGGUGCACCCGUGGCCCCCGGAGACCAACCUCGAACAGCUGGCGUCGGGGAGAUCUGUGAGGAGGGCCUUCGAGUGCUGGAGGGUCUGGCAGCCUCGGGCCUCCGUUCCAUUCGCUUUGCACGAGAGGUGCCUGGACUCCGGUGUGUGGUCGCCAACGAUGCCUCUGCCCGAGCCGUGGAUCUCAUGUGCCGCAACGUGCAGCUCAACGGUGUGGCCCACCUGGUGCAUCCGAGGCAGGCAGAUGCCCGGACGCUGAUGUACCAGCACCAGCGGGCAUCAGAACGGUUUGACGUCAUCGACCUGGACCCCUACGGCAGCCCUGCCCCCUUCCUGGACGCAGCUGUGCAGGCAGUGAGCGACGGAGGUCUGCUGUGCGUCACCUGCACGGACAUGGCAGUGCUGGCGGGGAACAGUGGAGAGACCUGUUACAGCAAGUACGGAGCCAUGGCCCUCAAGAGCCGGGCCUGCCAUGAGAUGGCCCUGAGGAUCGUCCUGCAUAGCCUGGACCUCCGAGCCAACUGCUACCAGCGCUACGUGGUGCCACUGCUCAGCGUCAGCGCCGAUUUCUACGUGCGCGUCUUCGUCCGCGUCUUCACCGGCCAGGCCAAAGUCAAGGCGUCGGCCAGCAAGCAGGCGCUGGUGUUCCAGUGUGUGGGCUGCGGGACCUUCCACCUUCAGCGCCUUGGCAAAGCGUUGGGAGCCCCUGGUGGCCGGGUCAAGUUCUCUGCAGCCUGUGGUCCCCCGGUCAGCCCGGAGUGUGAGCACUGUGGGCAGCGACACCAGCUUGGCGGUCCCCUGUGGGCGGAGCCCAUCCACGACCUGGACUUCGUGGGGCGUGUCCUGGAGGCUGUGAGCACCAAUCCUGGCCGCUUCCACACCUCGCAGCGAAUCCAAGGGGUCCUGAGCGUCAUCACCGAGGAGCUCCCGGACGUGCCUCUCUACUACACGCUGGACCAGCUGAGCAGCGCCAUCCGCUGCAGCACGCCCAGCCUCCUGCAGCUGCGCUCGGCCCUCCUCCAUGCUGGCUUCCGGGUCUCACUCUCUCACGCCUGUAAAAAUGCUGUGAAGACAGAUGCCCCCUCGUCAGCCCUCUGGGACAUCAUGCGCUGCUGGGAAAAGGAGUGCCCGGCGAAGCGGGAGCGGCUGUCAGAGGCCAGCCCUGCAUUCCGUAUCCUCAGCGUGGAGCCCAGGGCACCUGGCCCCCAGCGCCCCUCUGCCACGCCCCCAGGCUGCAGGCCAACUUCACGGUCCGGGAUGAUGCUAAUCCCAGCUCGCGCCAGCGAGGACUCAAGCGCUUCCAGGCUAACCCUGAGGCCAACUGGGGUCCCCGGCCCCGGGCGCGGCCUGGGGGCAAGGCAGCAGGUGACACCGUGGAGGAGAGACGCAAGCUACACCAGAAUAAGAGAAAGGAGCCAGCUGACGACCCGGUCCAGCGGGCCGCCCGGCUCAAGUCCUUUCCCUGUAAAAGAUUCAAGGAGGGCACCUGUCAACGUGGAGACCAGUGCUGCUACUCCCACAGCCCCCCGACCCCCGAGGACCCCGCCGCAGGCGCCUCCCCUGACGUUCCUGAGACCUCUUACCAGAACCUGCCGGGGUCUGGCGUUGCUGCUGGUCCAGGUGUAGACUAAGCCAAUAAAGACGUGUCACCUUGCCGACU